AUGUCCAGUCCUGGAAAGGCACCUUUAAGGCUGCUGCUCAAUAAAUAUAGCGGGAUCGUCAAGUCUCCGGCGUUCCGUGUCAUCAGAAAGCAGAUGCUGAAACAUCACUACGUGUUUGUUCUAGAGGGGCAGGUCUUGCUGUGCAGUGUUCCCUUUGACACAAACAGCGAACAGCGUAUCGAGCUGCACUUGCUGCAGUCGUUCAACAGCAAAGAGAAUUUGGAGUUGAUCAGAGGGUGCAGAAGCGGUAUGCAAGAUGUAGUCAUUCACGACAAGGUCCUUCAGCUGUAUGAGACAAGUGGGACUGAGCUGUACACACCAGUGAGGUACCAUUGGCAUGAUGGCUACAGGCUCUUCAGCCCAUCACAGAUUUUGCUUUAUCUUAGCUCUGAAAUCUUCAAGGAAAAACUGGACUCAGUGCCAGAUCAAACAAGUUCACAAGAACAAAUGGAGAACUGGUCAAAAGAAACAGCCAUCCUGGAACAGAAAAAAGAAGAUUUCUGUGUUGAGUUUCAGUUUCAUCAGAAUUCUCAAAAAACCCGAAAAUUUUUCAUCCAGGCAGAAGCUGAAGCACUGAAACUUUCAGAUUUGCCAGUAACUAGUCAAAGAGGAGGAGCCCCAAACGGUUGUUAUUCCAGUCCUGAAGAGUCAAGCACCAUAGAAAGAAAGACUAAAAGGAUGCUCCCUGAUUUUAUGUCAUCAUGGGAGGAUGCUGCAGAUUUAGGUGGAAAGACAGAAACUGCAUUCCUUUUAAAAGAAUUGGACACUCUGAGGGCCAAAAAUAAAAAGCUUCAAGAUAAGCUGUCUGAAAAGGACAAGGAACUGAAGACAAUAAAACUGGACUUGGAACUGCAAGAGAGAGCUACGGAAGCUAAGAUUGCAGAAAAAAUUGCAGCUCUGGUGGAGGAAGUUUAUUCUGCUCAACGGGAACGUGACGAGGCUGUCAUGGCAAGGCUUAGGUUAGCCAAUGAAGAGAGAGAUGAAGCAUUUCUACGAGUCCAACAUUUAGAAGAGUCUCUCAAAGAGCUAGAAAAUAUUAACCCUGAAGAAAAUGACAUGACAUUACAGGAAUUACUGAACAGAAUAAACAAUGCAGACACGGGGAUAGAUAUACUGAAGAAUGGAGCUAUAAUUCUGAAUCGAAUACAUAGGACCAAAGAACGUAAAAAGAAAAUAAUAGCUGAGGAAAUGAAUGCAGUAAUAGAACAACGGGAUGCUGCUUUGUCUCAAUGCAAACGGCUGGAGCAGGAGCUUCAUCAUCUGAAAGAGCAGAACCAGACUUCAGCAAACAACACGAGACAUCUGACUGCUGAAAACAAUCAAGAACGUGCUCUGAAGGCAGAAUUGAUAGCCUUGCAACAAGAAAAAGAAGCUGCUCUUCAACAGUGCAAAAAAUUUGAAGAAGAAAUCCAGACUUUUCGUGUUUAUCACAGCUUAUACAAGUCUUUGUCUGAAGGAGUGAGUCUGAAGGACCAGCUUAACUGUGCUUUCGGUACUUGUGAAGGGGAACCGCAAGGCAGGGAAGGUGCUGUGACCCUUACCUAUCACCAGAUUGAAGAGCUGGCAGCCCAGCUGCAGCAAACGCGGUCAGAGCAGAAGGACACAGAGCUGAAGCUCCAGAAAGCCCUGGAGGCUUCACAGGAGGCCAAUGAAAAAGUUCAGAAGUUGGAAAGGCUGGUGGACGUCCUGAGGAAGAAGGUUGGAGCAGGGACCAUUAGGACCGUGAUCUGAUUGAAAGCUCUAGUCUAAGGAAGCAUUCACAUCUGGUGACCAGGCUGCUUCAUUCAGCACUGUGUAAACACUAAAGCCUUAACUUAGCAAACAGUUGUUAGAAGUGGGACACUCCAGUGACAUUCCAAGCUGAGAUAAAAUCAAAUCAUAAAUGUUUAACUACUUUGCUGCUGAGUUCUGUGAUUCGUUGAAAUGUUUCACUCCAAACAUGUAUUUGUUUUUAAGCAGAUGCAUUGUGGCACUGUGUACUGUGAAAAAUGAUGUAGAUGCUUAUUUUAACAGUCUGUCCUCUCGGUGUUUAACUAGACUAUAGCCUGCUGCAAGGCACAGCUUGAUUGUGCUUUUGAAUACUGCAGGCUUCAGGUGCAAAAUCCUGCAAAGCAGUUUCAAAAUUUAAAUCCUUUAUGUUAUUUACGAGACUGCAAACAGUCCAGUAUUUGUAUGUUAAAUAUAUUAAUUGAUAAAGUA